ACAUCGACAAAAGCAUAUGUGGUAUCUGUUUGGAACGGUCAUGUUUUUGCUCGGGUUGCAGAGAAGAUGAUGGUACCUGCCUGCACACAGACCUCACUGGGCCUUGGAGAGUGUGCAACAUGUCGGUCACAUCACGGAAUGCCAAAAGUCAAAGGCCUCCAGAUGCCAACCAUGCUCCCUCACCCUCACCAAUGGACCACACUAUCCCCACUCCAGUAGAUGACCAGGUACCACCCACUCCACCAGUGGACGGCCAGGCUUCCCCCACUCCACCAGUGGAUGACCAGGCUCCUCCCACUCCAGUGGAUGACCAGGCUGCCCCCACUCCACCAGUGGAUGACCAGACUCCCCCCCCCCCCCUACCAGUGGAUGACCAGGCUCCUCCUACUCCAGUGGAUGUCCAGGCUGCCCCCACACCACCAGUGGAUGACCAGACUCCCCCCACUCUACCAGUCGAUGACCAGGCUCCUCCCACUCCAGUAGAUGACCAGGCUGCCCCCACUCCACCAGUGGAUGACCAGACUCCCCUAACUCUACCAGUGGAUGACCAGGCUCCUCCCACUCCAGUAGAUGACCAGGCUGCCCCCACUCCACCAGUGGAUGACCAGACUCCCCUAACUCUACCAGUGGAUGACCAGGCUCCUCCCACUCCAGUAGAUGACCAGGCUGCCCCCACUCCUCCAGUGGAUGACCAGACUCCCCUAACUCUAUCAGUGGAUGACCAGGCUCCUCCCACUCCAGUAGAUGACCAGGCUGCCCCCACUCCUUCAGUGGAUGACCAGACUCCCCUAACUCUACCAGUGGAUGACCAGGCUCCUCCCACUCCAGUAGAUGACCAGGCUGCCCCCACUCCACCAGUGGAUGACCAGACUCCCCUAACUCUACCAGUGGAUGACCAGGCUCCUCCCACUCCAGUAGAUGACCAGACUCCCUCCACUCCACCAGUGGAUGACCAGACUCACUCCACUCCACCAGUGGAUGACCAGACUCCCCUAACUCUACCAGUGGAUGACCAGGCUCCUCCCACUCCAGUGGAUGACCAGGCUGCCCCCACUCCACUCCACCAGUGGAUGACCAGACUCCCCUAACUCUACCAGUGGAUGACCAGGCUCCUCCCACUCCAGUAGAUGACCAGGCUGCCCCCACUCCACCAGUGGAUGACCAGACUCCCCUAACUCUACCAGUGGAUGACCAGGCUCCUCCCACUCCAGUAGAUGACCAGACUCCCUCCACUCCACCAGUGGAUGACCAGACUCACUCCACUCCACCAGUGGAUGACCAGACUCCCCUAACUCUACCAGUGGAUGACCAGGCUCCUCCCACUCCAGUGGAUGACCAGGCUGCCCCCACUCCACUCCACCAGUGGAUGACCAGACUCCCUCCACUCUACCAGUGGAUGACCAGGCUCUUCCCACUCCAGUGGAUGACCAGACUCCCUCCACUCCACCAGUGG